AUAAAUACAGAGUUCACAUUGCAGUGUGUAGAACAUCAGGGUGAAGAUCUGAGAUUCAGUGUCCUGCUCUGUAAGAUGAAGCUGCUCCUCUUCCUCAGUGUGUGUGUGUGUGGAGCUCUCGCUCAGGCCAAGACCGACUAUGAUGAUGAUGACCUUUUAGAGGUGAAAAGUCCACCGCCCAAAGUGGAUGCUACAGACCCUCGAGGUCACAGGCCUCUCACUAGAGGUCGUGAAGUUUACACCCCUGUAGCUGCUCCUCCUCCUGUUAGUGGGCGUAACCGUUACGGCCCACGCCCCACUGCGACCACGGAGAGACUGCAGGAGGAGAAAAAGGAGAUUCCUGAGAGUGGAGGCUGUGUGCACGCCUCAGAAACCAUGGGUGUACUCUGUCCUACAGGCUGUGAGCUAAAGACAGCGUUACAGAAGCAGGAGCGUGAUGUUAAACCCACUGUGGCUCAGCUGAAGAGAGACGUAGAGACUCUGUCACAGACCUCAAACUCCGUCUACAGAUACGUGGAGGAUCUGACCUCUGAGGUCACCGAGAGACAGAGGAUCAGCACCGGUAACGAUGAUUUGGUGACUCGGUACACAGACGACCUGGAGGUCCAGCACAAGUAUGUGAAAGACACGGUUGACAUCACGUUUCCCCAAAACAUCAAAAUCCUGCAGGGGGUUCUGGAGAAACUGCGAGAGAAGAUCCAGCGUCUGGAGAAGGCAGUCAAGACUCAGAAGGACAAAUGUGCUGAACCCUGCGUGGUCUCCUGCCCCAUCCCCGUGGUGUCCGGAAAAGACUGCGAGGACGUGUUCAGGAACGGAGGAGAAACUUCUGAGAUGUAUUUGGUGCGCCCAGAGCCCUUACAAGCACCAUACAAGGUCUUCUGUGAGCAGACAACCCAGAACGGAGGAUGGCUGCUCAUACAGAACCGUUUGGAUGGAAGCGUGGACUUCGGCCGGAGAUGGGAUGAUUAUAAGAGAGGCUUUGGGAACAUUGCGUUCGAUGUUGGGAAAGGAUACUGUGAAACUCCUGGUGAGUACUGGCUCGGUAAUGAUCGUAUCAGCCAGCUCACUAAGAUGGGUCCGACAGAACUUCUGAUUGAGAUGCAGGACUGGGCUGGGACUAAGGUGUAUGCUCAGUACCAGCAGUUCACCGUGCAAGGUGAGUCGUCCAACUACAUCCUGGCAGUGAAUAAAUACUCCGGCACGGCAGGAAACACCUUCCUCACGGGGGCCACGGAGCUGUUCGGUGUAAAUCGCACCAUGACCAUCCACAACGGCAUGAUGUUCAGCACCUACGACCGGGACAACGACCGAUGGGUACCUGGAGACCCGGCAAAGCAGUGCUCACGAGAAGAUGGAGGUGGAUGGUGGUACAACGCCUGUCACUCAGCCAAUCCGAACGGCCGAUACUACUGGGGCGGAGCCUACACCAAGCACAUGACCAAACACGGAACGGACGACGGCAUCGUGUGGAUGAACUGGAAGGGCUCGUGGUACUCACUCAAGACCAUCAGCAUGAAGAUCAAACCCUUCUUUGCUGGGAAAUAACACACACACACACACACACACACACACACACACUUUCUAUGUGAAAGAGCUGCUUUUAUACAGUAAAACUGUUUUGGAGAUUGAAGUGUUUUAUGAAAAUAAACUGAAUUGUGUGUAAACAUUAAAUCAUGCGUUUGCUGUAAAUCUGAUCUCAAACAAAUAUAUCACAUUUUUAACA